AUGAAGGAUUUAUAUUCCCUUUAUGAAGAUAUAAGUGAAAAUGAUAAAAUUAUUAUUUCAGAAAAGUUAAAAAAUCUACUGAACUAUUUUCAAGACAAAAAUAAAUCUUAUGUUUCCGAAUUUGUGGUUGUAAGUAGAACAAGAUUUUUUAAAUCUAUUAGCAACUAUGGAGAAUUUUUACUGUUGCAAUCUUCUUCACGUGUAAUAGGUAGUUAUGAACAUAUCUUAAGGUUAUUACACCAAUCAAAGGUGUAUUUAGAAUUUGUGAGAUGCUUAAAACUUAACAACUGUUCCAUAAUUGAUAAUGAAAAAUGUGAAGAGGAAAUAUCAAAAUUCAUUAAUUAUUUAGAAUCCAAAAGAAAAAAAUAUUACUAUCACAUAUGUCGAAUACUUAUAAAAUUUAUUGUAAGUUCGCUUAGUGAUAACACUAUAGAUAACAAAUUUAUGGAAAAAGAACUUGACAUGGAAGAAGAUAACAUAGAUGUAUACGAAAAGAAUGGAAAUGAGAUGGAUGUAAAAAAUGAGGAAUAUAAUAAUUCAUAUGAAAGUCAAAGGGUUAAAGAUAAUAAUAAUAAUUAUAAUAAUAAUAAUAAUAUGAAUAUUUGGACCAAAAAUGAUAAUGAUGAAAAAAUUGUUAUGGAACCUUUUGAUGAACUAGAAGAAUAUGGAAAUUAUUUAUAUAACGUUUUAAAUCAAAUGGAUAAUAAAUCAUGGAAAGAUAAAAACCAUGCAGAAUAUUUAAAAGUUAUCAGUCUAAAUGAUGCAAUUAUUAAAGAAGACCAUGAUAAAAGUAAAAAUUCUGAAAAUAAUAAUAGUUCAACUAAUACGUCUAAUAUAACAAAUAAUAUGAUCCUAUUACCAAAAUAUUUAGAGAAUGUAAGGAAUUGUAUAUAUAAUCAUCAGACCAAAUCUAUGUUAGAAGUGAAAUCGAUGAUUGAACAUGCAAUGAGUGAUAAUAUAAAAGCUCCACUAUUCAAAACAGGCAAAAUAGUUAGUGAAAUGUUACCUUCUCCCAAUUAUGAAAAAUAUUGGUCUACCACCCAACCCGAGUUUUCAAAUAAAAUUGACACAUCAUUUGUACAAAAUAUGAUAAUGAAGUUUUUUAAUUUACAGAAAAAUACAACAUCAGUUGAUAAUAUGACUUUUACAAAUUAUAAUAUAAAAUUUUAUGACAUUUUUAAAAUUAUUUUAAAAGGAAUAUAUUCUAUGAAAUGUGAAAAUGAAGAAACACAUAUCUUUCUUAAUCAGUUAUUGAAUAAAAUCAAGAAAAAAAAACACCCAUUAAAUUAUAAUGACCAACUAUUAGAUAAGAAUUUAAAAACAGAUGAUUUAUAUGACUAUUUAUUAUUACCUUUACAUUUAUAUAAUAACACGCAUGAAAUAUGUGAAGGAAUAUUAAAAUACACCAUACACAAUAACGAUUUGGUAUCAACAAUCAAAAUAGUAGAUACCUUUUUAACAAUAUCUGUAUAUGAAAAUUCUUUGAAAGAAUUAGUCCAUUUAUUAAACACACUGGCAGAAUGUAUAAUUCUACCAUACUUAAGAAGUGAAAUAAAAGAAAAUAUUAAGCGUGAUACUUGUGAUAAAGACAUAAACGGGGGAUUGUUAUGUAAAAAUUUUGAACCACAAUUGACGAAUGAAUUUAAUAAAAUCAGUGAUGAUAACAAAAAUAAUAAUAAUAUUGAAAGUAUAGAUACUAAUAAAAAUAUAGAUAAUAUAAACAAAAAUAAUAAGAAUAAUAAAAAUUAUGAUGAUAGUUUGGAUGAUGACCAAUUUUUUUUGGAUAACUUUUCAAAUUUACACAAAUUAAUUUGUAAAAUUCCUUUGCACGAAUAUGAAUCUCUAAAACUUUUAGAACUAUUUUCAUUACAAUAUCCAAUGUUUUUAAAAAUUCAAAACAAACCUCAAAGGUGCUUAAAGGAUAUUUCUAAGCCUUGUGAAUACUAUAGCAAUACGCUUCCAAUAUAUGGUUCCUAUAUUUUUCAAAUUACAGUUUCUUUUGAAAUUGACAAUUCUAUAAAAGUAUUAGAUGAGCUUGGAUCAAAAUGUAAAAUUUGUUUUCAGCUAAGUAAUAAUAAUAUGAACGAUGAAAAUAGCACUGAUACGGUUAUGAGUGAUCAUAAUUCAAAUAUACAGAACAAAGAAUACAAUUUUUUAGAAAUAAAUUUUCAACAAAAUCAUAUGUAUACAAAAUAUAAUAAAUCCUCUGUAAAGGAAGAAGAUGAAUCAGAAAAGAGUAUGAAAACAAAAUCGAGUUCAAAAAAUAAUGACGAAACAAAUAAAACAAAUAAUUGUAACAAUAAUAAUGAUAACACAUUUGAAGAAUACGAAAAAAAUAAUACGAAAAAAAAGAAAAGUGUACAAGUUAACAAACUUAUAAAUGUGUAUGAUAUAACAAACAUGAAUACUAUCGUAUUUGAUAUUUUGAUAGAUCAAGGUUGUUUUAGCAGUGAAACAAAUGUAAACGAUGCAACAAAUGAUAGUGGUAAAAUAAUUAUAUAUUCCAAUGGAAGACAUUUGUUAACAUCUAAUAUAAAUAAGAAAAUUAUUGGUCUUAAUGAAAAGAAAGGUUUAACAAAUAAUAAUAUAAAAUUAAAAGUAUUUACUUCUCGUACAUGUAGUUUUGAAUUUCCUAAAGAAUGUUGCUGGUCUUCAGCAUUUGUUCAAGAACUAGUAAACAGAAAACUAAUUCCAGAAACUAACCAAAAUUUUCUACUUAAGAAUCCUAUUAAUAUAAUAGAACUUUACAAUAAAGUGUCUAUUGCAUUAAACCGUUAUUUAUAUCGUUUUUGUGAAUGGAAUAAUGGAGAUUAUAAAAGAAUUGUUGAAAAUGAUAGCUGUUAUACUUUAUACAACAAUAUUGAUAUUAAUACAUUUGAAGCAUUAAUAAAAUAUACAGAAAACAAUAAUAAGAUACUUAAAAAAUUAUAUACUCUAAGCAAAAACUGUGCAAUGGAUAAGGAAAAUUAUAUCGAAAAUAAUAAACAUAAUAUAAAUUAUUAUUUUUCCUUACGUCCAGUCAAAAAAUAUGUUAGAAAAUAUAGAGAAUAUAUAUAUGAAUGGAAUCAAACAUCCGAUUCACAAAUUUGUGCCUUAAGUAUUUUAAAAUUAUAUCUAAAAAAUAAUUUGGAUGUAAAUAACGGUAGAAUAGAACAUAAUGAGAAAUUCUACUCCUUAUCAGAACGAUUAAUAAAAUCAUUUUUAAAAAUAAUUAAACUAAAAACCCCGUUUAUUAAUCGAGAAGAUUUUUAUGUAAAUGACAAUUAUGAAAUGGAAGAAUUAGACUUGGAUGGAAGUUUAUGGUUAUUAAGAAGAAAUGUUUUUCAAAUACUUUUAGAUGCAGAUAAAAUAAUAAUGAGCAAUAUAUUUAUGAGAAUAAAUAUAGAAACAAUAUUAAAUUUGCUUAAAUUUUUUUCAGAUAAUAAUAGUUUAGAUUCAGAUAUGAUAUUAAAAUUAUUAAAAUCGUUAGAAGAAAAAGGAAUUUUGGAAAUCAUGAUGAAAAGAAUGUUAAGUACUCCAUAUAAAGAUAGUACAGAAUAUAAUAAUUCCAACUAUAAUGAUAAUAUGCAUUAUACACAUAAUUCCUUGAAAUCACAAAAUAUAAGUUCAAGCACUUAUUCAUCCUCUUCCUCAAGCUCGAAUUUAUAUAAUACUAAUGCGGACAAUUUCAAUGAUAUAUAUAUAAAUAAUAAUGGAGAGGAAAAACGAAAGAAAAGGAAAUAUUAUGAAGAAAAUAUGCAUGAAAUUCAAAGAUAUGAAAAACGAAAACGAAAUAAUAAAUCAAGAAUAAUUGAUACAACUCAUUUUGGUGUUUUUGUAGAAGAAUUAAUGACCUUAAUAGAACACCAGACAAAUAAUGCAAUCAAUACACCUGUUGUAAAUCAUAUGGAAGAAAGUGACGCUUUUAUGGAAAAUAAAGCUUGUGAUGUAAUCCAUAAGUUAUGUUCCUUUUAUAAUGAUGAAAUUAAAAGUGAUGUGUUUCUUCGAAAUUAUAAUCAUUUUAAUCUUUGUAUAAAAAUAUUAAAUGAAAUAAAGCAAAAGAAUAAUCACGUAAGUAGCGCAAGUGAAGUUGCAUCUAUAUUUUUAAGAGGCGUAGUUUUGAUGCUUACUACUUAUAUAUUAACAAUAGCAACUGAAUAUGAGACUACCAAAACGUUUUUAUACAAACCGGUUAUACCUUUUUACAAUUUGCAUAAUGAAAUGUUAAAGAAAAAAAAAAACAUUCGUGUGUAUCAUGGCGAUGAAAUCAAACGUAUGAUAGGUAUGAAUAAUAAGAGUGUGAUGCAAGAUAGAUAUAAUAACCAGUUUAAUCAAUCUGGUUCAAAUAAUAAAUCGUCCAACAUAACUAAUCAAAAUGUAGAUAUAUUAAAAUGCGAUAUGGAGGAUGUUAGCAGUUGUAAUAGUAGAUAUUCAAGCUUUAUCAAUCAAAAUUGGGAAUUAGAAUUUAAUAAAAAAACAACAACAACAACAAAUUCAAUAUAUAAUAAUGAAUAUUAUAAAAGAGGAGAUGUUAAAAGUCGAAACCACGUAAAUUCUUGGAUCCCAUUGAUUUCUAAUCAAAAUGUUGGUUCUAUGGAUGGUGUUAUUAUCAAUUCAGAUGAUUCAAGUUCCCAAUCAUUCUUAGUAAGUAAAAGGAAAGUAUAUACGUUUGGUCGAAAAAGCUUCGAAAGCGUAAAUAUAUAUGAUGCUAACGAUGAUGAGGAUGAUGAAGGAGAGGUGUAUAACAACGAGGUUUAUGAAUAUUGUGAUGAUGAACAACAAAAUGGUGAAUAUGAAGAUACAGAGGAAGAAAGUGAAAACUAUCAUAUGAGAAAAGAAAGACGAGGACAUCAAAAAAGAAAUUCAAAAGUAUCAAUUAAUAAAAAGACCAAUACUAGUUUAAGCGAUAAUGAUAAUUAUAGCUCUGAUGAAUUAGAAGAAUUUUAUCUAAGAAAAAAUUUAUUAGAUUUAUGUGAAAAUAAUAAUGAAUCAAAUAAUUUCAAAAGUCAGUUGAACGAAAUUUUAUAUAAACUUUCGAGGAAGAAAAAAUAUUCAAAAAACACUAAAAAGUUAAAACUAUUGAAAAAGAAAAUAAUAAAAUAUAAAAAUGUUUCGAAAAAACUAAAUUUCAUUUUUUCCCUUUUGGAAGAAAUAUUAAAAAUUAUGUUAGGUGUUGGUUUGCGAGUGUUAUCUAGUAUAUCAUAUCAUUAUUUAUAUGAGAAAAAUGGAAUAUAUAAGUUUAUUAAUAUAUUUGGCUCCAAUAUAAUAAGAAGUGAUUUGAGGGAUAAAGGUUCUUUUCUUGAAUUAUGUGAGAAUAUGAUAAAGCCGAAAUGUUUAACUUUAUUACAAGCAUGCACGUUUAUUAUAAGUGGAAUAAUACCAUGUUUAGGUUACGUGACUACGCUUUUUGUUGAUAAAAAAGCAAACAAAUAUUUUUACAUAAAAGAGUUGAAUAAUUAUUUGUCUUUAAAAAUGGCAUUAAAUAUAUGGCCUAUCUUUUUAAAGAUAACUUUACAAGGUUUAUUAACAUCUAGACAUUUAUCAUCUGAAAUGUCAGUACACAAGGACAAUUUACAUCCGAUAGCUGAAUGUUGUAUUAGUAUCACUAGUUUAGCAACUCAUUUUUUGACUUUAUUUACUAAAAUGAUUGAUAAUUUAAGUAGGUAUGAAAUUUACUUCAACCUUAAAAAGGGCAUGAACACAUUAGGUAAUAAUUAUCCAAUACCUUUAAUUUUAAUAAAUUCUGCAAAAUAUAUUCGUAUAGAAUCGAAAAAAAAUAAAUAUUACGAUAUAGAGAAGGCCAUUAGAACUAUAUUAUUGCAAUUGACUGAUUGUUCUGUAUGUGAUUAUGAAAAUUAUGUGUUUAACCAUUACAUGGUUCCUCAAAGUAUUUCCAGUUUUUUAUAUGCUACCAGAAUUAACAAUGAGAGUAAUAUGGAAAAUGAACAUUCAUCGAAUAAUAUAAAUGCUCAUGAAACAGAUUAUCAUGAUAUUAGUAUAAAUAAAAAUAAAACAUUGGGAAAUGAUAUGGUAAAAAAAUAUCAGUCAAUGUAUGAAGAUGAUUAUGAAGAGGAAAAGAUGGGUAUUCGAAGUCGUUCUAGAAGGAGUAUAUCUUUAAAGAAAAAAUCGGAAAGAAAUAACAAUAAAGGAGAAAAUGACAACGAUAUGGACCACAAUAAUAAUAAUUACAAUAAUUACAACAACAACAACAAUAAUAAUAAUAAUAAUAAUAAUAAUUUCUUUGAUAGUCGUAGUUAUAGCACAAAUGCUCGUAAUAAUAAUAAUAUUACGUGCGAUAGAAAAAAUAUGGAAUUUCUCAAAAAUUUAAUGAACAAUGAUCAUGAUGCUGUGCAAUGCUUAGGAAGAGAUUAUAGUGUAUUUCAUAAAAAUUUUGAGAGAGCGCAAAUAGCCUUUGUCGCAGUCUUUUUACAUCUAACUGGUUAUAAACAUAAUCAAAUAAAAGGACCACAUCAAAAUUACAAUAUUGCGAAAAAUAACUGUGAUAAUAAAAAUGAUAGUAUAAUAAUAGAAGAUUCAUUAGAAUACAAAAAAAUAAAAAUUGCAUGCAAUUUAGCCAGACAAGGUGUUAUAGAUCUUAUAUCUAAAAGUCAGGCAUCACAAUAUCAUAAAAAAAGUAUAGAAGAAUAUAAUAUAUCAUCCAAAAAUAAAAAAAGCAAGGAAGAUAUAGAAGAACAAACAAGUAUGGAAUAUUUUGAAGGAGAUAAUAAAAGGAUGAAUAAUAUAAAGUGUGGUUCUCAAAAUGAUUUCAAAAAUUUACGAACAGAGAGUCAUCAAAAUAUACAUGAAAUGGAUCCUAAUGAUAAUAAUAAAAGUAACGUUUACAGUAGUAUUGAACAAGUAAAUGAUAUGCCUUUAAAUAAAAAAAAAUCGCCAGUUUUACUGUUGUCAUCAGAUUUAGAUGAAAAAAAUGACUUGAAUUCUUGCAAUUUUAGCAAGGAAGAAUUAAACUGUAUAAAUGAUGUACAUCCAAAUGGGGAAAAACCGAGCUACAAUAAAAGUAACGAAUUCAUAGCAAUGGAUUCAAUUCAAAAAAAGAGAGAAAAACAAAUUGAGAAAAUUUUAAAAAAAUGUGAAUGGAUUAUAAAUACAUAUCCUUUUGGAUUAUGUCCCGUUUCUGUAAAAGAAAAUAUAUCUCAUGAAUGGGAUGAACAUUUUGUUUUUAUGAGAAGAAAUUCUUAUGAUAUUCCUAUAACUGUUAGAAAAAUGUAUUCAGAUCGUAGCAGUUAUCAAAUGUUGCAUGAAGUUGCUACUAUGCCAACAGUUGCAGUAGAGGCAAGUGUAUCUUCUUUGAGUUAUUUGGAUCAAUUAUUUAGUCACCAAAAUAAAAUAAAUGAUGAUAAAUUAGAAUGUAUACAAUUUAGUACUGAAAAUAUUUUUGGUAAGAGCACCACUAAAAAUUUGUUCCUUUUAAAAAGAUUAUUAAAAACGUAUAAACGAAAUGUAUGUAUACGGGAAUCAUCUAAUCAAUUAGAUACGAAUAAAUAUGAUAAAAAUUGUCUUGAGAAUAAUAAACAAUUUCAUACAUAUAUAUGUAAUAAUAAAAAUGUGAACUUUUCCAAUAGUUGUGCUAGUUGUGAUAGUGGUGGAGCGAAUUAUUAUAAUGAUGAAUCCAACUAUUAUAUGAAUUUCCAUUUUUCUGAAAAGAAUAAUGAUAACCUUUCAAAUAAUUCGUUAGUAUUAAAAUAUAAUAAUUUAUAUAAAACAAAUAAUCUUGAAAAAUUUGGAGAAUUGUGGUUGAAUCCUCGAUCCACUAAAAAUUAUAUAUACCAUAAUGAUCAAGAUGUACAACACAUAGAUGAAUUUAAUUCUAAUUUGAUGAAUUAUAAACCAGAAUGUUUCCUUUUUUCACUGAAAUCUGUUGAUGAAAAUGAUUAUAUAAUGAGGAAUGAAAACAUGAACAAUGUCAAAUGGGAUCCAACUGGAAGUCAUAUUACAAAGUAUACGAAUUCAAUGUUUGAUUAUUAUGACAAUGCAUCUGAUAUGAAUUUAUCGGAGUUACAUGGAAAAUGUAAUGCAUUUUACAAACCUCAGAAAAUAAUACGCUCAAUGAAUAAACAAGAAUUUUUACCGGUAUUAUAUCAAGAAGAAAUGUUAAGAAAUCAACAAUAUCAUACGGUUAAUAAUACUACUUCUAUAAUUAAUACUACAAAAAAGAAGAGUUUUCCAUCAUUUGAUUAUUUUAGAAAUAAAUAUCUUCCAAAUAAUUCGGUUGAUUUUACAAUUAACAAUACAGUUGAUCAUACUAUUGACUCAAAGGAUAUGUUACAAUUAAAGGAAAUUUUGAAAUUUAUAAUGAAUGAUACCGACCUUGAAACGGUUUUAAAUAUUAUAAGAAUAGAACAAUUAACAUCUUUGUGUAGGUAUUUAAUAAGUAGAAGUUUAAAAUCGAUGUUAUGUGCUGGAAUUUUCGGAGGAAUUAAAAAUCCCAUAGUAAACAUGAGCAAAAAAAAUCUAAGCUCCAACAAACGUUCACAAAAGGGAUAUAAUUCCAAUUCGGAUGAUAUUAAAAAAAAGAAGAAAAGCAACUGUAAUGAGAAUGAAUCCAGUUUGGAUAAAUAUAAUGAUAAAGUAAAUAAUGGUGAUACAAAAAAUAGUGAGAACGGAAAAAUAUAUAUGGACGAUAAAAAAUAUUAUAAUGAUGAACUAAAAAAUAGUGAUUAUUCAAAAAAUAAUGAAGAAAGCAAUUAUCUUAGUUUAUCCAAAGAACCAGAUGAUAUUUUGUUGCCUUCAAGAAAUUAUGAAAAAGAUAUUUCAUCUUGUGUAAAGAAAAAUCGUUUUUCUGUUUUAAGUGAGGCUCAUAAAGAAGAGAAAGUACUAAGCAAUCAACGUAAAUUUAAACAUUUCGAUUUAAACCAGAAGAUUUUAAAAAGCGAUAGAAGAAAGAAGGGUAUAUUAGAACAAUGGAGACAAAAAUCUCAUAAAAGUAUGCAAUGGCCUGUGAUAUUAGAUUUGUUGGUUCCAUCAUUUAGCAGAGGAUCAUAUAACGAGUGUAAUAGAAUGAUAUCUAAUAUGGAAUCAUCAUUAUUUUCAGUGCAAAAUUAUGGAUGGAUGUUAUUAAAAUUGUUGCAUAUAAUUAUUAUCAAAUUCCGGAGUCUAACACCAUUGAAAACUAUAAUGAGAGAAAUAGAUGAAAAAAAUAGAAAUAGUAGUAAUAAUAGUAAAAAUAAUCUGAAGGAUAGUAAUAAUAUCAACAAUAACAACAAUAAUAAUAAUAAUAAUAAUAUUAAUUGUUAUUAUACGAAUCAGUGGAAUGGUUCUAAUAUUAAGGAUCCAUUUGAAUAUAAUUACUGGUUCACACAACCCAUGGAAUAUGCUCUUUCAUUUACUUUAACUGAUAUUACUAAAAGCAUAUGUAUAUGGUAUUUAAGAUAUAACCGUAAAUUGAUAAUGAAUUCGUCUAGUUUUUCAGAAAUUAUCAAAAAUUCUAUGAAUACUUUAUGGAUAGAGAGUGUUUUACGAUUAAUAGCUUUACAAAUAUGUUUAGGAGUAAAACCAUUAAAUGAUAGUCGAUAUGUGGUUCCAUUUUUGUAUCACAUGCUUACUAUCUGUCAACCAUUGCUUCGAGAAGUUCAUAUUAGUGGUGACUAUUUGAAGAAAAAGCUUUUCGUAGGAAAUAAAAUGUUAUAUUAUUCGAAUAAGAAUAAUUCAUUUUUACAGAUAAAAUGUACACAUUGUCAUAAAUCUGUUUGUAUGUCUUCUAGAAGCAUGAGUUCUAAGGUGUCUCAAAUGGAAACACCUUUAAAGAGUAUAAGGAAGGGCAAUUUAUCUGAAGUGUCUUCGAAAAAAUCCUAUUUAAAUGGUCACACGUAUAGUAAUAAUGACAAUUAUGAUAAUUAUGAAAAUGACAAUUGCGAUAAUUAUGAUAAUGACAAUAAUAAUAAUAAUGACAAUAAUAAUAAUGACAAUGAUAAUGACAAUAAUAAUAAUGACAGUAAUAAUGACAAUGAUAAUGACAAUAAUAAUAAUGACAAUUAUAAUGACAAUUGUGAUAUUUCCAAAAAUGACAAGGGUGUUAAAGGAUAUAUUCACUCAGAACGAGUACAAAAGAAACAGAAAAAAACAAAACAGAAAAUUAUUAAAAUGAAAAUGUAUAACCUUUCUGAAAAUGAACAUGAAGAAAUAUUAGAUAAUGUCAUUACAGGAAUUAUUAUUUAUCAUCAAUUAGUACAAAAUAAUAAUCAGCACAUUAAUAAAAUGAUGAUUUUACAAAACUUGAAAGGUUUUAAAAUAAAAGAAGAAUAUUACACAAAUGAAAACCAUUAUUGGGCUUUAUGUAUCCAACAAUAUAAAAAUUCACCCUUAUAUACAUUACCAUUGAAAAAUCUGAAUAAAUCUAUAAAACACAACAACAGAAAUAUAUUUCAAACGACAAACAUGAACGAAUCAGAUGAUUCCUCUUGUUAUUAUUGGUCUGUAAGUGGUGAUCCAGUAUAUAAUAUUUAUGGAAAUGCUAAAGCAAUAUCAGACGUACAAUUAGAAAUAUGUGCUCAUAAAAAGUACGAUUCAAAUGUACGAUCUUAUCUUAAAAAAAAUAACUUCGAGUUAGAAUUUUCCAUAAAUACUCAUAUGAAUGAUGUAGUAAAUAUUUGGAUUAAAAGAAAGUCAAUUAUAAUAAAUAAAGAAUUGAUAGAAAUUACCGACCAUCAUUCAAUUUCACCUUUCACGAAGGGGAAUACAAAGAAAGAGAUGGAAAAAAAUGAAGAUGAAAAAAUAAAAAAUAAAGGAAAGAAUAAAACCAAGACAAAUGAUGAUAAAAAGAAAAAUAGUACUAUUAAUAAUAACAACGAUGGUUACGAUAGGAAUUAUAAAUAUGAUGCUUAUAAGGAUGAGGAAAAUCACGGUACUCAUAAGGAAGCAAAUAAAAAAUACUCAAAUGAGAAUACAAACAUGGAAUAUUCAUCAGAAGAUUUUUGUGCUUGCACGAAGGUGUACACAGAUGAAGAUUAUUCAAAUGAUGAUUAUAGUAAUGGUUAUAAUAAUAAAAAUAUGUAUUCAGAUGAUAAAAGAAAUAAGGACAAUUACGAUCAUGGAGACAAUAAUUUGAAUUAUAAAAAAUUAAAAUUAAUUAGCUGGAAUUUAAUACAAACAAUUCUUUGGGGAAUAUUAGUUUCUGGAGAAAAUGUUCAAAUGGAAAAUUCGGAUCAAGUUAUUUCUGAAAGUACUACUAAAUAUAUCAAAAAGAAAAUAUGUAACAUACAAGAUGAAAUAGAUGCUAAUGGAAAUAAUCAAAAUGAUUAUAAGGAUUAUAAAUAUGCCUUUUAUAAACUUCAAAGAAAAAGUUUAAUUGAAUCUAUAUUAAAAAUGAUUAUGUCUGUUUUAAUAAAAUUAUGUAACAUUAUAAAAUUAUAUAAUGAUUUAACUAAAAAUAAAAAGGGCUCUUUUUAUAUUUGUAUUAAUAAUACAAAAAUUAGUUUGAAACAAGUAAAGGAUUGUGAAAGAAUGAUAACAGAUUUUAUGUAUGCAUUAAUAAAAUGUGUACAAAAUUCUUCUACGGCUGCUGUUACUCUUCUUAGAUGUUUCUUAUUUGGUCAAGAUAAUCCUACUUAUCGUUUUAGAAAAUUAAAUAAAUUGCAAAUCAAUUGCAAAUUUUAUAGAUUGAUUACUGAAUGUAUAAAAAAAGCUCCUAGUGACGCAGAUGAUAUAAGUAUUUUUUUUAAUACAUAUUUAGAUAAAAGAAAAACAUUGAUGAAUAAUGAUAAUGAUAAAAUAAAUACCAAAACAAAUAAGAAAACAAAAAAAGAAAAAAGGACUAAAUCGUAUAAAAAUCAAAUGUAUGAUGAAAAUGGAACGAUGGAGAAUAAUUUUAAAAAUAAUAUGGGUGACUUGAAAUGGAAUGAAGAAGAGGUCCUGGUAGCUCCAUCAAAGGAUAAAUCAAAACAUAAUAAUAAUAAUAAUGAUGAUAAUAUUAAUAAGGAUAAUAUUAAUUAUGUUGACGACGAAUACGCUUAUAAUAAUAAUAAUAGAUGCAUUAAAUAUAAAGGAAUGGAUUUGAAAAUGACCAACUUUUUCUUCAAAUAUUAUGAUACUAAUAUGAAAAAGAAUUACAACGAAAGCAAGAUACAUGGAUUCUUCUUAUUAAGAUGUUUACCUCCAAUAAAAAUGUUUCCGAAACAAUUGGUUCUUCAAGAAACUCAGAAAUUGUUUAAGAAUGAAAAUUAUUUUCUGUUUAACUCUAAAAAGGAUGGAUUAUAUAAUAAUGACAAAAAUGAAAGUUUAAAUAAAAAUAGAAAUAAUAAUAAUAAUAUUGAUAAUAAUAAUAAUGAUGAUAAUAUUAAUAAUAAUAAUCAUAAUAAUAGUAAUAACAGUAAUAGUAAUAACAGUAAUAACAGUAAUAAUAGUAAUAAUAGUAAUAAUAAUAAUAAUUAUUAUUAUUAUUAUAAUAAUAAUGAUUAUCAGAUAGGAGAACAUAAUAAUAUGCAAGUACAUACCAGUUCAAAAGAAAAUACAUUAUAUCCUGAUGAUUAUCAUCAUGUGGAUAUAGGUACCACAAAUAAUGAAGGAAAUUCUCAAUGUAAUAGCAUAAAUAAUAUUUUAGGAUUAAUACCUAGAAUAUCAUAUAGAAAUCAUCCAUUUGAUGAUUUACCUCAAUCUGAAUUUUUCAUGUGUAGUCGACCUUCAGACGAUUUUGAAGCUCAUAUGGAAGGUCGUGUUUUGAGAGUAUUAAGAGGAUUAAAUUUAGGAGGUGUAGUUUUAUGUCUAGCACCUUUGACCUUCCCAGCUUUACAUGUUGGGCCCAAUGAAGUAAAUGAUAUAAUUAAUUUCCGUAUACAAACAAGAGGUCGUUUUGGUGUAACUGUAGCGCCAGCUGAAUGUGUUCUAUCUAAUGUGUCUGAAGUAUUUGAUAGAAAUGAUGUAGUUGGAUUUAGAACUAAUAUGUGUCCUCCAUUUAGGCAUGAUGUAUUUGCAGCAAAUGUGCAAUAUGAAUUAGGUGAUUUGCUCAGUGUAAAAUUUAAUGUAGAAGAUCAACAAAAUCAAAAAUGUUUAAGAACGGAGCUCAUGGUUUCAGGAGUAAGUAUUGGAUCUGUAUUAGAAGUAUUAUUUGAAGCUGAUUCGCAAAUCGAAUUUGAGAGGAGAAUGAAUUUGAUAUUUAUUUUCCAGGACCCUUUAACUAUUGUUUAUGAAGGUCCAACAUUUACUAUGCAAUAUGUAGAUCCAAAUAAGAAUAAUGCAAAUAAUUUUAGGAAUGACAAGAAAAAUGCAGAUGAAGAAUUUUUAAAUCAAUUUUAUUCCUUAUCCGGAUAUGAUAAGAAAGAUAUUAAAAAGGAGAUACAAAAAAUUAGAUUGAAGAAAAACGAAUUUUACGAAUCGGUUAAACUUUAUCAAUCGAUACUUGAAUCAGAUAAUGAAAUAUUAAAAGAUUUAAAACAUGAAGUUAUUAUAAGAAUGAAUACUAGCUUGACAAAUAUUGUAUCUUACUUUAAGCAUCUAUCAUCUAAUGGUGUACUAUUUAAUUCUGAAAAUGAUUAUUAUUGUCACGACACAGAUGAUACCGUAUCAAGGGGGAUAACAACAACAGGAAAAAAUUUAUAUAAUAUAAAUGAUAAUAAUAAAAUUAAUGAGAGACAUGAAUUAAUAUCAUUAGAUACAUUUUUAUCUAAUAAUGAGAAAAAAAAAAAAAAGAAUAAUAUGAAUGUAUUAAAUAACGAAGACAUCAAAACUAAAGGAGGAAAAAAAAAGAAAAAAAUGAAUAUUCAUUUAAGCAGUGAUAAAGGGGAACAUAAAGAUGAACAUAAAGAGGAACAUGUAGAUGAUGAAGAAGAAUAUGUAGAUGGAAUAAAACAGGAAAAGCAUACAUAUUAUGAUCAUAGUAAUAAUUCUUUACUUUAUAAUGAAAAUAAAGAUAAUAGGGUUAAUAAUUAUUUUUCCUUUGGUAAUAAUGAAGAUGGGAAUAGGGAUAUAUUUUCCUAUUCAGAGGAAAAAAAUUAUAAUAUUAUUACAUAUGAUAAUAGUCAAAUUACUAGUUCGGACAAGAAUAAUUAUAACAAUGGGGGAAAAAUAAUAGAAAAGAAAAAUUUUAAAGAUGAUUCAAUUAUGAGUAAGCAUCAGAAUGAUACUAAAGAAGAAGACACUUCUUUGGAUUUAUAUGCAGACUCUUCUAUUUAUGUAAAUACGAACAAAAAGUAUAGGAGUCGUGUGGAUAUACAUAAAACCAUUAGAGAAGUAUUAUCUAUUAUAUGUGUAUUAGGAUUAAAUAUAAAUGGAGAACCAAAAGAAAAUAAAAAGGAAAAUAAAAAUGAAAAUUUUUCGGAUGACACAAAUUGUAUAUUUGAUGAGCUUCCAUGGUUAUCUAGCUUAUCUGAUUUGAAGAAUUCAGUGACAUAUAAUAUGGAUAGAAAAUGUCUUGAAUUAUUUUUUUGCAAUUUGGUUGACAUUAUAUGUAUGGAUGUAUUUUUAGUGUCUAUCCUAAAUUUUGUUACCCACAAAAAUGGUGAAAAUAAUCAUAAGUGUACUAGGGAUAAAGAUAAUAAUGUGAGUUUUAAAGACAAAAGGAAUUAUAAGAAAAUAUUACAAAAAACGAGUGAAUUAGAUUCUGAAUAUUACCUUAAUGAAGAAUAUAAUGAUGAGUUUUUUGAAAGUAGAAAAGAUUCCUCUUAUUUCCCUUCCCGAAGCAAAAAUGACAAUAUUAAUAUGGAUAGAAUACAAAAUUAUAAUAUUCAAAAUGGUGAUAAUAGUAGCAUUGGUGAUAGUAAAGUGAACUUUAAUAUUGAUGUAAAUAAUAAUGAUAAUGAUAAUGAUAAUGAAAAUGAAAAUAGUAGUAGUAGUAAUAGUAAUUGUAAUAGUAAGGACUCAUUAAGAAUGCACACACGGAAUAUGCGAAAAAAUAUUAACAGCAGCAGCGAAUCGGGAAACACAAACGGAAAUAAUGGAAAUUCACUAAGGAAUUCUAUUUUUAUGGAAGAAAAUGAAACGAAGGAAUCUUAUAGGAACAAAAGAAGAGGAUCGUUAAGCAAAGAUAAAAAUGAUGAUGACUUGUCAAAUGAUGAAAAAGACGAAAUAUAUCAUAAAGAUAGAAAUAAAAAAGAAAGACAUAGUGAUGACAAGAACAAAAUAAAAAAGAACAAAGCAUAUAAAAAUAAAAAGCAAAAAAAUAAAACAUCGAAGGCAAACAAAAUGAAUAAAAAUUCGUUGUAUGGAUAUACCUUAUGUUUGAUUGGAACAAAAUCAAUUAUGUGUUGUUGUAUUAUAUUAAGAACAUUAUUAGAGAUGAAUUCAGAUGGGUAUUAUGAACCAAAUGAAAAGGUGUAUGCCUCUUGUAAAAGGUUGUUGAAUUUUAUAAAAUUAUUCUUCUUUAUUGAUAUAGGAAUAAGUGAUGUAUUGAUAAAAUACUUUGCUGAGAAAAAUAUGAUGAUGGAUAUGAAUUUCUUAUUUGACAAAAGGGAAGAGAAAAAAUAUGGAAAUAAUAAUAGUGAAAUUUGUAGCACAUCAUCAUUUCUGAAUAGUUUUGUAAAGACCACAAAUGGAAACAAUAAAAAUAAUAAUAAUAAUAAUAAAAAUAAAAAUGAAAAUAAUAAUAAUAAUCAUAAUAAUAUUGAUAAGGAUUAUAUAAACUGGAAAGGGGAUGUAGCCUUUGAUAAUCAAAGGUAUCAUGAUAAUAUUCAUACAAAUGAUUUAUUAAAUAAUAAGGAAGAGCAUCAAUCAAGUUAUAUUUUAACAAACGGAAAGAACAAAGAUACAAAAGAUGUUGUACAAAAUGAAUAUAUAAAUAUAUUAGAAAUAGUAAAUUAUUGUGGUAUACCGAAUAACUUUCUCGAAUAUUUUGAUAUAUCUACUCCGACAAUUAAAAAUCAGCAAGUAAUAGCACAAAAUGAUAGUUUUGAUUUAUGGAUAUAUAUUAUGAACCUAUUAAUUUGUUUUAAUAGUCAAAAUAAAUAUUCCUUAAGCUUCCCUCAAAGUAUUAACCAACUCAAUGAAAACUCCAUAAAAAAUACACUGUUUGAUCUAGAAUAUUCCAAUUCUUAUUUUUCUAACAAAAUAUUGCGUAAAACUGUUAAAUUCUAUGCCUUAUGGUUAUUAAAAAAAUAUAUAAUAGAUAUGACAUGUGUUAUGGCUUCUUUGGUUCCAAAACUUUUUAUUGAUGAGUUAGAAACAAAUUUGAUGAAAAUAAAUGAAGGUGUAAGAAAUGGUGAAGAAAUAGAGAACAUGAGGAAAGUUCAAAACAAAUAUAUAAAUUCACAGGAUUCAGCAAAUUAUAAUAGUGUUAAUACAAAAGAAAUGAAUCAUAGAACACUUGUAUCAAAAUGUUUUGAAAAUGAGAAAACAAAAUUAGAUGACGUUUUUAGUAAUAAAGAGGGUCAUCAAAUGGUGUAUGAUUCUUUUGAUGAUAAGAAGGAUGUGUUGCACAAAAUAAAUCACGCCCAAAUUAGUGAAGAAAAGAACAAUACCAAAAAUAAUAAUAAUAAUAAUAAUAAUAUUUGUAAUAAUUGUAAUAAUAUUUAUAUUAAUAAAUAUUCUUGUUAUAAUGAUAAAGAGGAAUAUCAACACGAAUCGUUAUGGAUCAAUAAUGAUCAUCAUAAUAAAACAGAAAGAAAUUUUAAUGACAAAAUUAUGCCUGUUAAAAAGAUAUAUAAUCCUAAAUAUAGAAAAGCAAACAAAGCAGAACAUAUAGGCCAAUUACUCAAUGCACAAUUAAGAAAUAAAGAAGAAAUAUUAAAUAUAUUUAGUAUUAUAUAUUUGUUUCGAAUAUGUAUAUAUUACCUUGGUAGAAGUAAAGAUUUCCGAAAAGAAGAUUACUGGCAAAACUUUCAAGGACAAUUAAGAAAUGCAAAAAUUAAAGAAAAUGUCUACAAACUGCUUAAUGAAAAGAGUUGUAAAUCGUCUUUACUUUUUGGAUGGCAGAGAAUAUUUUAUCAAUGUGUUGUAUCAUGGGAUGAUGAAAAACUAGUAAACCAAUUAUUAAUAAUAAUACAAUCAGAAUUGUUAUAUCAUUUAAUUGGAUCUGUUGCUCAGAGUAUGUCACAAAAGAGAGUUAAAGUAGAACAGUUUUAUGCAAUUUCCCCUUCUGUUCAUGUUGCUCAUUGGAUGAUAGAUACUUUUGUUCGACAUCCAUUAUGUCCAUCUAAAAUAAGAUCUUGUUGUAUUACACCUAUGACAGUAACCUCUUUAUUUGGAUUAAUUAUGAAUGGUAAUAGACUUCCAAUCUUUUUAGGAAUCGAUGUAUGUAGAUUAGUGUACUGGUGUUGUGUAGUAUAUAUUUUACAGAAUAAUCAAGUGCAUAAGCAUCACAAGAAAUUAAAUAACAUUGAUAUGUUAAAUCAGUUGAACAUAUAUAUGGAAGAACCUUUGAAUAAUGAAUGGGAAGAUGCUGCGUGUGUCCAUAAAAAUGAAAUUACUAAACGUUAUCAUAAUACAAAAAUUUUUAAGCAGCAUAAUGAUUAUUUCACCACCAGAGGAAAAAUGCAAAAAGUAAAUUGUAAUUACUACUCCUUCUUAAGUUAUGUAUUCCACUGUGUAAAUAUAUGUGGUUCGUCAGUUAUUAAUCAAAUAAUAAGUUUUAAUAAUAACGACUCUGGCUACAAGAAUAAUGCAAAUAAAAAUAAAGGGAACGACAAUAUAAGUAACAACAACAACAAUAAUAAUAAUAAUAAUAAUAUGAAUGGAAGUAGUAGUAAUAAUAAUAAUAAUACGAAUGGUAAUAGUAAUAAUAAUAAUAAUAAUAAUAUGAAUGGUAGUAGUAGUAGUAAUAAUAAUAAUAAUAGUAAUAAUAACAAUAAUAACAAUAAUAAUAAUGUAAGAAAUACUAAUAAUGAACAUGUAAAUAAUAUUAUUGAUAACUUAAAUAAUAACAUUAAUGAUAUACUAAACUGCAUGCAGAAUUCAUCCAAUAAUAGAGUUCUAAAUAAUCAUUUCAAUGGUGUCAGUAGUGUUAGUAAUGAAACUAUUUACAAUUUAAAUAUAAACAAUAGAAGAAGCAGUCAUAAUAUUUCAUCUAACAAUAUUAAUAAUACAAAUACAUUACAAGAAAAUACAGAAACAAAUAAUACAUGUAAUGCUAACAAUUUAGGUGCUAUGAAUUCUUUAUAUUUAAAUGGAACUAAUGGAAAUAUAAAAAAUGAAAAGAUAUUAUUACACAACUUUUCAAACUUUGAUUUAGUGGAGAAUAAAGAGCACAGUGUUUAUAAUUCUAUGAAGAUGAAUGCUUCCUUACUAGUUCAUUAUUUUGCUUGUGCUGCAUAUUACAUUAAAAGAGCUGAUGUAUAUAAUAUUAUGAAUUAUUAUAACGAGAACACACAUGCUAAUUUUAAACAAUACUGUUUAUAUUUAUAUGUUGUGGAUCAUGUGUCAAAAAUAUAUUCAAAGUAUAUUAAAAGAAAAAUGAAUUUAAAAAAAAAAGGAGUUAAAAAGGAUGAUCAGCUAAUGACAUCAUCUUUUUUCUCUGACGUUAUGAAAAAGGAUCCAAAUGAAAAAUCUCAUAUGUCAUAUGACGAUUACAUGAAUAAUAAAUGUGACCAUAAUAAUAAUAAUAAUAAUAAUAAUAAUAAUAACAAUUUGGUGAAUAACGAAAACGAUUUCAUCGUAAGGAAGGACUCCAAAAUUAGCAACAAAAAUUACAGUUUCCUUUCAGAUUAUAAACAUUCAGAUAAAACCAAAUGCAGAAAACAUACAUAUGAUGAUUGUUAUAAAGGUCAUUAUCCUGAACUUUUUGUUGAUAAUGUACUACAUCUCCCAAAAAAACUUUCUGCAAAUAUUAUUAUCAAUAUUAACGAAAAAAUACAUCAUAUAUCAUCUUCUAAUUCCAACACGAUUAAAAUCAAAAUAAGAGAUAUGUUUAUAUUGCCAAAACAAAAUGAUAAAUCUCUUAUUCACAAAGGAAUUUUCAGUACUCACCAUAAUAAACCAUUCUAUGAUAAUGAAGAAAAAAAUAUUGUUGAAUAUACAAAAAAACAAUCAUACGCUGACAAUGUUGUUAAUGAUAAAAACAAAAAUGAUUUUACAUAUAAUGAGAACAAAGAUAAGUUUGAUGAAAAAAGUAACUGUAAUCUGAAACAAAAAAUUAACCUUUUAAAUAAUGAGGAAAAGGAAAAACUCGAAAAGGUUACUCAGAAAAUUUUUAAGCAUCCUAAUAUCAUUUUUAGUGCGGAUAAUAACUUUAAUUACAUUUUGAAUGAAAUAAAAUUUAAGAAAAUACAAGAAUUUGUGUAUCUUAACUCAAAUGUGAUAGAUGAAAAAGUAGAUAUAGAUACUAUAGAAAAGAUUACAUUAGGUUCAUAUAUUGAAUUAACUGAUAUAUACAAUUUACCUGGAUCCUUUUUCUUAAUAGGUAAUUCAGAAUUAUAUUCAGGUUCCUCUAAUUUAUGUUCAUCAUCUUUUACCAUAAGUCUAAUAUUGGUUGAUAAUAAUGUGGAUAAUAUGUCCAAUGGUAAUUUCAACAAUUUCCCAAAUAUUGAAAUUGGAGUCAUAAAUAGAAAAAAAUAUUAUGAAGUAAAACUGGAAGAAGAUGAUAUAGAAAUAGAAGAUGAAGACUUAGAAAGAGAUGAAGCGGAUAGGAGUGAAAACCUACAUGAUGAGAAAGAUAAAGUAGGACAAAUAAAAAGUGAAAACAAAAAAGAAAAAGAUGAUAAAGAAGCAUGGUUACAUUAUGAUGAUGGAAAGGAUAUUAAUAUUAAAGUCAAAAAGUUUAGUAAUUGCAGAAUAUCAAAGAAUGAAGAAGAUAAUAACACAUAUCUUUUAAGGAAUAAGGAACUAUUAAGUGAAAAAAAUAUUACAUCUAAGAAUAGUAAAUAUUUAUAUGACAAAAAAGUUGUUGAUGAAUCAUUAAAGUGCACAAGAAAAAAAUCAUUUUCUAGUCGAAGCAGAAAAAAUGAAGAUGAAUAUGAAGGUACAGAAAAGAGGCAUUCAAGUAAUAUUACAACGGAUAUAAAUAAAAUGCCUCAUAUGAGUUUAACAAAAUAUGUAAAUAAUGAGGAAAUAGAAAAAGGUAAAACAACUAGGGGUAAUAAACGUGUUCAAAAUGUAAAUGAAAAAAUAAGAAAUACAAGGAAUGGUAAUAAUAUAAAGGAAGAUAAUAUAUAUAAUGAAAACAACAACAAAAAUGAUAAUACUAUUAAUAUUAACAAUAAUAUGGUGAGUGGUAAUAAAAUAUUUCAGGAACCUUUAUCUGAUAUAACCAUGAAGAAUUCAAGUAGUAACGUUUUUCAUAAUAAAUAUGCACAUCUUAAUAAGACUAAUUAUAUAACCUUAAAUAUUUCUGAUGGUAGUGUGAAUUCAAAAGGAUUUGAUUGCACUGACAAUAACAUUGAAAAUAUGAAAGAAUUAUUAACAAACAAAAUGUCAGGUAUUUUAAAUAUUACAGUACAGGUAGUUGGGAAAAAAAUAUUAUGGUUUGCAAAUAAUACACUAAUUUUUUGUAAAGAUUUUUCUUAUGAAAUGAAAGAGUUUCUACCAUUCUUAAAAGUUUCUCCAAUAGAAAGUAAAAAAAUACCAAAAAAUAUUGAUUUCAAUAAACCGUCUGUACAUAUGAAAUUUACAGAAAUGAAUGAAAAAACAUUUGUUUCUCCUUUAUCAAGCUUUUAUUUUAAGUUUGAAAAUAUUCAUAAGUUGAAAUAUGAAAAUGAUAGUAUAAAUGCGAAUAAGUUGUGGAGUAAAUGUUUAUGGAAACCUAUGUUUUUUAUAUUGCCUGAUGUUAAUAAUAGUGGUGACAAUAAUGUGGACGUCCCAGGAACUUCAACACAAGUAAAUGUGCAUAAUAAUAAUAAUAAUAAUAAAAAUAAUAGUGAUAAUAUGGGGAAUAAUACGAAUGAUACGAAUUUUAUAAAUCAUGCUAAAAUAAAAAAUAUGAUACCUUCCAUUAUACCACAAUCAGCCAAUGAAAUAGUUAUAAAAUAUAAUAAAUAUCAUAAUACAUAUGGAAAUAUAGAAUAUGAAGACCAAUUCGCAAAUACUGUAUUUGUUAGCCCAAAUAUCCAAAUAAAAAGUGAACCUAUAAAUAUUACUUAUUAUAUGUACUGUAAGAAUGUCCAUGGAAAAAGAUACAAAUUACUUUGCAUGGAAAAUAUAAAGAAUAUCAGAACUAUAUCAAUUAAGAAUUAUUACGGUUUUAUAGAUUUAUGCAAUCAAUUUAAACAUAGCGAGAAGCAUACAUCUAAUAGUAUGGAAAAGAAAAACACAAAUAAUAAUAAUAAUAAUAAUAAUAAUAAUAAUAAUAAUAGUAAUAAUAAUGUGAGCUAUAGUAAUCAUAAUAUGUAUCAGGUACAACAGAAACCUUAUUCUAAAAUAUUUGAUACAAGAAAAAAUGUAGAAAGAGAAAAUUCAAAUAACAAAGCUGAUUUGGUAUUGAAACAACAUUUGAAUAGAAUAAUAAAUAAAGGUGAAGAUGUAAGAAUUAAUAAUAAGAGUACUUUGGAUAUAUGCAACAAGUUGUUAUUAUCAAAUGAGUGUAAAACGAAUGAAAAGAAGAAAAAAACAGGAAGUAAUAAUAUAGGAUCAAAUACUAAUAUGCAUGAAUUAAGUGAUAAUAAUAGAGGACAAUACACCUCGUAUUAUAACGAACAACUUGUUACAGAUACUUUAAGCAAAAAUGUUAUACAUAGUAAUUACAUAAAUGAUUAUUUUACCUUAAAUAGUGAAAAUAAAAAUAACUCCUCCAAUAAUAAUAAUAAUAAUAAUAGUAAUAGUCAUUGUAAUAGUCAUUGUAAUAGUAAUAGUAAUAACAAUGUACAUAUUAAAUACAAAUUAAACCAAAUACCUAAAAUCAGAAAACAUUUUCAUAAUAACAUAAAAUAUAGCUCCAUACAAGAAAUUAAUGACAACUCUCAAUAUAGUAAUAAGAAUAUUAUAGACGAAAAGAAAACAAAGGAAUAUUCAAAUGAUACUUAUAAUGCAAAGAAAAAUCAAGGACAUUAUAUGUUAGAUCCUACGAACGAAAAAGAAACAAUAUAUGAUAAUAAAAAUAAUGAUCAUGGUUAUUCAAAUAAUUUCCUUGAUGUUAAUAAUUCACAACAGAAACAUGUAGAUAAUAAAAAUGCAUUGAAAGACAGUAUUACAUGUUAUGAUAUGGAUAAAAUGAAAGAUAAACAAAAUGAGAAUUUCUCAAAUGAUUCUAGUAAUUAUUCUAUGUAUUAUAUAGGAUGUAAAGAAUUUAAAUUAUGUGUUGAUUCAUAUGAUUCAAUAUUUCCAGCAAAACCAUUUAUAUUUAAUUGUACAGUUAAUUUUAAAGAGGAAGAAAAUUAUUAUCACAAAAAAAAUGAUCUUACAAAUUCUUUUGGUAUUAUAUGGGGUAUAUAUCGUUGGUUAUGGAAAAGUAAUGGAAAAUUUAUAUGCCCAUUUAGAUUACCUUUAUGUGUUUCUGAAUUUCCAUCUGAAAAAAUUGAAGAAUGUGAAAUAGAUGUGGUUGGAUAUAAAUCGAAUGAUAAUCUAUGCAUUGAAUUUCAACCUUUAUAUCAAUGUUUAUUAUUUUAUAAGAAUGGAACUUAUCAAUUUGGAUUUAAGUUUGAUUCCUUUUACAAUUAUAGAAAUUUUAAAAAUACAUUCUUGAGUGAACAGAAUGGAGAUAUGAAUAUGGAUCGAGACCACCAAAAUAUAUCCAAAUUGUCUUAUUCUAGUAGUAUAAGCAACGCAAAUUUUAAUGAUAACUUUUUUGUAAAGAGGUUUGCACAUAACAAAUAUGAACAUGUAUCAAUAGAGAAGAAUGACAUACAAAAGAUGAAUAAAAAGAAAGAUGAUAAGAUGAAUAAUUAUGAUGAUAAUAUGGAUAAUAAUGAUAAUAAUAUGAAUAAUAAAGAUAAUAAUAUGAAUAAUAAAGAUAAUAAUAUGAAUAAUUAUGAUGAUAAUAUGAAUAAUUAUGAAGAUAUAAUAAACAAUUACCUUGAUAGUAUGAAUAAGGAUCAUGUAGUUCCACAAAAUAAUUUAACAUUAAAUUCAGAACACAAUACUAAGGUAAAUGUUUCUAAUUUCUUCCCUAUUUCAAAUAUGUAUACAAUUUCGAAUGAACGAAAGAGUGGAAAUAAAGGGAAUGGAACUAAUAGUAUGGUAAAGGAGCGUGCAGAACGACGGGGAAGGAAUAAAGGAAUGAAUAAUAAUAAUAAUAAUAAUAAUAAUGAUGGUAAUCUUGAUAAUAUUGAUAAUAUUGAUAAUAAUGAUAAUAUUGAUAAUAUUAAUAGUUUUUAUAAUAAGGAUAGAAAUAUACCAUAUGAUAAUUUGAAACAAGAAAAACAAAACGAUAGUGUUAUAAGAAUUAAAAAUCAUGUAAACAUGAUUAAAUUAUAUAACUGUUUAUUACUAAACGAUUGUGAAAACGUUUCCUCUAUUUUGACAAAUAACCCAGAAUUAUUAUCUAAAUCAAAUGAAAAUAUGUCUGAAAUAACUUUUGAACAUUAUCAAAUGAAUUCAGAUGAUUUCCCUUACGAACUUAUUUCAUCUAUGAAAAAUAUAAUGCAUGAAAAAUAUUUGACUCCAUUGAUGUUAGCCUGUAGAAUUGGAUGUGAAGAGUGUGUACAAAAUAUUAUUGAGAAAGGUAAAGUGAACCCAAACAAAAGUUGUCAUAAAAUAGAAAAGGAGACUCCUUUAAUGGUUGCUGCACAAAAUGGACAUAGCAGAAUUGUUUGUAUGUUGAUUUGUGUAUAUGGUGUUCAAGUAAAUAAAAAGGAUAUUAAAGGAAAUACUGCUCUUCAUAAAAUAUUAUUGAAUUCUUCCAAUACACAAGGAAAGAAAAAUUCUACUAUGAAAAUUGUUCAAUUGUUAUUAAAACUUGGAGCUGAUCUAACUAUUAAGAAUAAGAAGGGUAUAUCUGUGGAAGAACUUGUACAAAAAAAACUUAUAAAAAAUGAAAAAAUUGAAAAUCUCUUAAAUAUAUGGAUAACAUUAAUAAUAAAAAAUAAGAAAAAACAUGAAGGGCGUUAUAUUCCUAGGAAUAUCAUACCUGGAUUGCUUUCUAAUUGUUCCAUAGUUGUUGGAUUUCCAAAAGGUACAAAUGGUAAUGUACCAAAUGAAUGUGGAGUAAAAAUAAAUUCGUUUGUAGUAGCUGGAGAAGAAUUAGUGAAUGUAAGGUAUCACAAAGAAAAAAAAACGAAAUAUACAUUUGAUGAUAAUAAUGUAUACAAUAAUGUACAUAAUAAUGUACAUAGUAAUAGACCCAAUGAUGUACAUAAUAAUACACACAAUAAUGUAUACAAUAAUGUAUGUAAUAAUGGUGAUUAUAAAAAUGAUCUUAAUAAAGAGGAUGAUACUUGUUAUAUUAAUUUUAAUUAUGACAAGUUGAAUUAUAAUUAUAACAAAUGGAGAGUAAGGACCAAGGAAGAGGAAUAUUUUAGCUGUGAUAAUUCAUCUAGUAACUCUUCUAUAUCCAAAUUUGGUAAUUUAGAAAAGAAAAUAAUAGAAGAUCAUGAAAAAUAUAAAUUCUCAAAAUAUGGAAGAUAUCCUAAUGGGCUAUGUUAUAAAGGAGAAAAGAAUAAUACACACUAUAACAAAGGUUUUGAAGGUAUGAACUCUUUAGAAUUUGAUGCUUUCUCUAGAUGUAAAAAUAUGUAUGGUGAUAUAUAUGAUAAGCAAAAUGAAGAACAAUUAUUGUACAACAAUAUUAAAGAUGAUGAAAUAAAUUAUUCCAAUGAUAAUAUUAAACCGUACCUUAAGGAUGAAGAAGAAAAGGACGAUGAUGAGUACCAAAAGCCAUAUGACAAGAAAGUAAUUAAUAAAAAUGAUAAUUGUGAUAUAAAUAAUUGCGAUGAUAUAAAUAAUUGCGAUGAUAUAAAUAAUUGUGAUGAUAUAAAUAAUUGUGAUGAUAUAAAUAAUUGUGAUGAUAUAAACAAUUGCGAUGUUAAAAAUAACUGUGAUGAUAAAAAUAACCGUGAUGAUAAUACUAUCUUGUCGGUAGGAAAAAAAGAUAAAAGAAAUAAAAAAGUCAUGAAUACUAGUAGUAAUGGUAAGAGAACAACAUCAAAAAAUUCACGUAACCUGUCAUCAGGAAAAAAUAUAAAAUGUAGUAAAAAUUCAACUUAUAAUAAUGAAAAAUACUAUUCUAAGGAAACAAAUAGAAAUUUAGAAAAUCAUGCCAUACCUAUGGAUCAUAAGGAUAGUGUAGAUGAAACAUUUGUAUUCAUCGAAAAACAAAAGAGAAACAAUAAAAGUAACACAGAUGAUCUAAUGACUUAUAAUCCUGUUAUUCACAACAAAGAAAACAUAUUAAAUUAUAUAUUAGUCCACACAUAUAUUGAUGGAAAAUUUGGAACAAGAUCGGCUUAUAACCAUGAUAUGGAAACAGAGCACGGAAAGGAUAAUAUAUUUGAAGCGAGAAAUAAAAAAAAUAAAGCAUUGAAUAGCAACAUGAGCAACAAUAAUAAUAAUAAUAUCAACAAUAAUAUUAACAAUAAUAUUAACAACAAUAUCAACAAUAAUAUCAACAAUAUCAACAAUAAUAUCAACAAUAAUUAUAAUAAUUAUUAUUAUGGUAAAUACCAAGAUUUUUAUAUGCUUAGAAAAGAUAAGAAGAAGAGGAAACAUCUCAUACUUUCAAACCUUCAAAAUAACCUAUUCAAUUAUCACGAUUUGAAAUAUAGUUUAAUCGAAUUUAUAAAUAAAUCAGGAGUAUUCUCUGAUAUUAUUAAGGGUCAUAGUUAUUUAGAUUCAAAAAAGAAAAUACCCAAAUUUGAUGAGUUGAAAAAUUCAUUAAUUGAAGCUAAUAACGAAUUAGAUAUAAUAAAAGGAUUCAAAAAGUUCUUGGAAUUAUUUGAUUUCUUAUAUAUGGAUGAUAGAUUGAAAUAUUUUCUAAAUAUUGAUUUAAGAAAAAAUUUGGAAAAUUCUCGUAAUUUAAUUGAUCUUGGUUAUAUCCUUCUUAAAAUCGAUAGCUUCUGUUGUAUAUUCAAUAGUUUUAAAUUACAGUGGAAAGAUAAUUCACAUGAAGAAUGGAAGAAAAAAUUAUUGAAAGGAAUAGGCAUAUUAAAUGAAUUUUCAGAUAUUAAAUGGAUAACCGAUUCCUAUACUAUUUUUAAGUAUGAAGAAGAAAUCCUUGAAUCGGCAUCUUUUAUUGAUAAGAUAUUACAAAAUGGUAAUUAUAUGGCAUUCUAUAAUAAUUUAAUGAAUAUGAUUCAUGAUAAGGAUAUACAUUUAAAAAAUGGCUUGUACGAUUCUUCUCAUAUAUUUAACGACAUGCUUAAAAAUAUAAAUAUAGAACAUUUUAAUAGGGAUACAAUUCUGUAUGAUAUUUGUUCGAAACAAAAUAUCUUAAAAAAUUAUUUUAUCCAAGAAAGAAAUAAAAAAUAUGCUAUUAAUAAUAACGACUCUAGGGUAGGAAAUGACAAAUAUAAAAAUUAUAUGAAUGAAUAUUUCGCGAAUAAAAAAUUGCAAGGUCAUAGUAAUAAUAAGGACAUUUAUUAUUCCAUGAACGAUUCAGAGGAUGAAUAUAUUUAUAGUAAAGAAAAAAGAUAUAAAAAAUAUCAAACACGUGAUAAAUAUCUAUAUAAGUCUGAUAUGAAAGAAGAAAUGUAUGGAAAAUCGAAUGAAUUAUAUAAUAAUAGUUUUAAUAAUUCAAAUAAUAUAAAUAAUUAUAGCGAUUUUUACAAUAAUGUAGUAGUUAACAGAAAAGAUGAUAAUACAUCUGCUGCUGAUAGGAAGGAUCGCAGUAUGACAUCUGUUGAUUAUAAAAAUUAUAUGUAUGGAGAGCAGCAACAUGGAGACAAGACAUAUAAAAAAGGAAUGUAUGAUGUAGAGAGGAAGCAAAGUUUGUUUAAUAAUAGUGAAAAGAAUGAACAAAAUGAUUUAAUAAAUAAGGUGAGUGUUAAUGAAGAAAAUGUAAGAAAACCCAAACAAAGAAGUAUUCGUAGUAAGAGAUUAGAAGAUAUAAUAGAUAGAAUGUAUGAAGAUAAUGAUAUAAGUAAUAGAGAGAAUUCAAAAAAUAUAGAUAGUUUGAAUAAUAAUAUUAGUAUAAAUGGUAGGAUUAAAUUUCCAUCUUAUAGUAAAAACCUUUUAGGUUAUAGAAAUGGAAACUUUUUGCUCAAUUAUUCUAACAGCAUAUUUGAAAAAGGAAGAGAAGAUGAAUCAUUAAAUAGUCAUUCUCCUCUUGUUACUUCGAAUUUAUUAUCGAGCUAUUCAAAUGAGAGGCAUGGAAUAAAAUUAGCAUUUAGAAAUUCAGGAGAACAAAGAAAAAUGAUGAAAAGUAAAUAUAAUAAUAAUAAUAAUAAAGAUGAUGAUGGUGAUAAUAACAAUGAUAAUAAUAAUGACAAUAAUAAUGACAAUAAUAACCAUAAUAAUAAUAAAAUUCAGGAGCAAUAUAAUCAUGUUUAUGAUGUGGAUCAUCAUAAAUUUAUAGAAAAAGGCCAUUAUUCGAAAAACACGAAUAAUAUAUUAUCACCAUUAAAUAACUACAAUGAUUUGAAUACACAAGAAGAAAAUAAUAGUUUAGAAAAUAAUUAUAGUUAUGAAACCUUUUGUGAUGAAUAUGAUAGUGAAGAAAGCGAGUUCGAAUUAAUGUGUGAAUUUCAUUUUACUUCGAAACCUGACGAAGAAAUAAUGAUAAGAGAACAAUUUAAUAAAAUAUGGCCACAAACAUUAGAUAUGUAUAUACUUCAUAUAUAUGAUUUAAUAAGUAGUUAUAUGGAUUCUCCUGAAAAAAUAAGUUUAUUUAUUUAUCAUGCUUUUGAUAUGGAAAAGAUAAAGAAGAAAUUACCAAGUAAAAGUUCUCAAUUAUGGAAAAGAAUAAAUAUGUCUCUUGAUGAUUUUAUAGAAGAAAUAAAAAAUGUACACAAUUAUACUAUGAGAAUUAUAUAUCAAAGUAAUUAUAAAAGAUAUGGCAUGUUACCUCCAAAUUUUAAGAAAUAUUUUACCUUAUCAGAAGAAUGUUUAAAAAAUAUAUCUAAAAAUAAAAUAAUUAUGAAUAUGGAUUAUUAUAAGAAUUAUAUUUAUGAAGAAAAUAAAAAGACGUUUUUAAGAAUAAUACAAGAUCGUAUAUAUCUAUUGAAUAAAUUUAAUAUUUAUUUUGAAAACUGUUUACCAAUAACAAGUAUAUUAUUUAACAAACCAGUUAUUAAUUUAGAAGAACAAGGAUUAAGAACCUUAGAAUGUCCCUUGUGCUUUUUCAUGAGUAACGAUUCGUAUUUUCCAUGGACAUUUAAAAGGAGAAAUACUUACUUAUUACAAAAUAAUAAUAAUUCGUGGUUAGUUCAAAAAAUGAGGACUGAAUCAUAUGAUAAUAAUAAUAAUAUUAUUAAUAAUAAUAAUAAUAAUUGUGUGUCCAAAAAUGUAUCCAUGAUAAGUUUAUAUAACAAUACAAACUAUAGCAAUAAUGAUAAUAAUAGUAGUAUUGUUGGAAAAAGCAAUUACCCAAUAAAAGUUGAAGGGGAUCAUAUAAAUGAAAAUUAUAAAAAUUAUUGUAAUGAGAGAUGUAUAUGUGGAAAAAAUAGGAAACAAAAUGAUGACAUAAAAAAAAUAAAAUCAGGAAAUGAAUACAUUAUUAUGGAUUCUAUGCAAUCUUUAGAUAAAAAUAGUAAUAUGUUUAAAAAGGGAUCAUUUGUUUUAAAUAAUGGAAAAAAUUCCUAUAAUAGUUAUAUGGAAAUCGAAGACAAAGAAUAUCUAUUUGGAAACAUGGACAAAUCAAAUAAUCAUAAUAUAUGUCCUGAUAAUGAAAUGAAUUAUAAAAAUAAUAAUCAUGAUGAUAAUUAUUAUAAUUAUAAUAAUAAUUAUUUAUUUGACAGUGAAAGCGAAGAGGAAAAUGACAUACUUGUUGAUUGUGAAAAGUAUUGUAAAAAUAUGUACACUUCGAAUAAAAUGGUUUUGGCUUUAGGAUCUUCUGAUUUACCUAUACAGUUAUCAUCAUAUUUAUUUAUAAAAAAGUUGUUAAAACAUGAUAUAUGUUUAAAAUUAUGGAAAGAGUGUUUAAAACAUAUCACGUCUUCUAGUUCUGAGAAAUCUAAUUUAACAUUGAGGAUAGAUAGAGGUAUGGCAGCUACAGCAAAACAUAUUGCUCAUACCAUGUGGUAUCAAAGUACAUAUUCUUUAUUAAAUAUAGAUACCGAUAAAUUAAGAGGAAAACCAAGAGAUCGACCUUUUAUGGUAGUAUUUGUUGGAGAAGGAGCUACAGAUUUUGGUGGCCCUUUCCAUGAAUAUUUAUCUUCUAUAUCAAGAGAAGUAAUGGGGAAAUUAUCUGAUUCUCCAGAUAAAAGCUUGCCAGUUUUUCCUUUGUGUAUCCCUUGUCCUAAUUAUACUCAAGCAAUAGGUGCUAGACAAGAUACUGUAAUAAUUAACCCUCAAAGCACACCAUAUGUUGUUAAAGAAUGGGAUUAUAUAGGAGAAGUUGAUGUUAUUGAUAAUUUAGAAAGUUUCAGAUGGCAAAUAUUAAAUAUAUACAAUUCAAUAAAGGACAUAAAAAAGAAAUUACAAAAGGGUGCAAAGGAUAGUUAUGAAGAUUAUAAGCAAAAGAUGGAGGAAAAUGGAUCUGAUGAUGAUGGCUUAGAAAAUAAUAUGCAAAUAAAAGGUAAAUCAAAAAAUAAAGGAAAAUACAAAAAUAAAAAUAAAAGGAACAAAAUGGAUAUGGCAAGUGAUAUUCAUAAGGAUGGAAUAAGCAAGGAUAACCAUCAAAAGGACGAUAAUAAUAAUAAUAAUAAUAAUAAUUAUAAUUAUAAUAAUAAUAAUAAUAAUGAUGAUGAAAAAAAAAACACUUGUAAUGAUAAGAAUAUUCAAGAUAUGAAUUCAAAAGAGAAAAUGUACUUUUAUACAAGUAAAAAAUCAGUUACCUUUGAGAAGUUAGAGGAAAACGAAAAAAUGGAUUACCAAACAGAGAAUAAAUAUGAAUAUCCAUUUGUGUGUGAAACAUGUGAAUAUGACAGUGAUAUAUAUGAAAUAAUAAACAAUGCUUCAUUAAAAUCAAGGAAAUUAUUUAUGAACAAAAUAUGGAAAAAGAAAAAAAGUUUGGAUGAUGAGAGUGACAAAAAUGUAAUUCCAAGGGAUCCUCAAGAAAGUGAAAAUAUGCGAGACAAUAUAAGAAGCAACAAUAAUAAUAGUAAUAACAAUAAUAAUAACAAUAUGAACAGUAUUGGGGGUGAUAAAAAUAACAUGAGUGAUGGAAAGAAGAAAAAUAAAUUUAAUAUAGAUUAUGAUGAGAAAACAAUAAAAGCCAUGGAAUUAGCCAUGUAUGAAUCUUUAGGUAGAGUAAUGGGUAUGUGUGUAUGUAUAGCAUCCGCAUUAAAUAUAUGUUUUAAUCCUAUUAUAUGGAAAAAGAUUUGUGGUGUACCUCUAGAGUUACAAGAUUUGGCUGACUAUGAUUUUGUUGCAGUAGAAAUGUUGAAAACAUUGAAAAUGUUAAAUUCAGAAAAGAGUAAUGAAUGGAAUAUGGAACUGAAACAAUCAUUAGGUGACAUGACAUUUAUAACAGAAGAUUCAGGAGGAAAUUCGAUUGAGUUAAUAAAAAAUGGAAUGAAUAUACCUAUAAAUUUUGAUAAUUUAGGUUUAUUUAUAAGAUUAAUGACUAAAUGUAAAAUGAAUGAAUCAUCUAAAGGAAUACGACAUUUAUUAAAAGGAUUUAGUUCCAUUAUACCUCUAGGAAGAUUAAGAUUAUUAUAUGACUUUAAAGAUGUAGAGCAUAUGGUUUGUGGAGAAAGAGAAAUUAAUAUAGAGGUCUUAAAAGCCCAUACAUGGUCUAAUGACCUUAACAUAAAAGAUAAACUUUUUACCGUUUUAGAAGAGUUUACAAAUGAACAACUACAAUCAUUCCUUCGAUUCGUUUCAGGUAGAUCCAGGUUACCAACAACCAAAAAUGAUUGGUACAUGAUAAUAGAUGUAGAAAAUCCAAAUAAAAAUAUUGGUCCAAUAGAUCAGAGGUUACCUACAGCUGUAACAUGUGGUUUCCGUUUAUUAUUACCACAAUAUUCUUCAUUAGAUAUUUUAAAAGAGAGGUUAUUAUAUGCAAUAAAAAAUUGUACGGCCAUUGAUUUGGAUGCAUAUGUGGUUCACGAUCAAAUGCAGCUCAUGUACGGCGAGUAA